AGUUUUGAGUUCUAAGGAAACAUUGUAAUUUUUUUUUCCUAUCUCCUCGUAUUUAUGAUAUCAAGAACCGACGUCAUGAAACAUAUUUAAAUAAUGUGUAACAAUGUUAAAGGAAUGUGCUUCAGAGCUGACGAACCAGAGUAUGGUGGCGCAGCUGGAGAACCGGCUGGACACAGCUAUGAAGAAGUUCAACGCGGCCAACAGCGACAACUACACCAUGCGGCUGCAGAUCGACUGUUUGCUGCGGGAUCGUCAGUUCUUCAACACGAUGUGGCGGAAGCAGCUGCGACGGCUGAUGGCGGGCAAGGCGCAGCUGCUGGAGCUGGUCGAGCAAGCUAUUGGCGCGCACGAGCUACGAGAGGAGAGCUGCGCGCGGCUGCACGCGCUACGCGAACAGGCCGCGCAGCAGUACAGGAAGCACUGCCUCGAGGUGCGCGAGCUGCAGCGUCAGCUGGAACACAGCGUGAAGCUGGAGCAGUUCCUGCGCACGAAGGGAACGGUGCGGCUGACGGCGGCGGACGCGCGGGCGGAGGCGCGCCGCCAGCACCGCAGCGAGCUCGAGGCGCACGCAUACAACAACCACCUCAACAUCCUCGAUGCUAUCAAGGAGUUCACCGGGGAGCAGGAGCUGUGUCGGCUGCGGCAGGAGUUCACGCGGCGGGAGGAGGAGAACUACGCACUCUUCAACUACGUCAACGAGCUGCACGCCGAGCUCACCGCGCUCGCUGACAGCGUCAACCAACUCAAUGACGCCAUCGACGACGAGAAAGCGAAGCACGAGGCGAGGAUGUACAAGCAGCAGGACAGCGUGGAGGCGCUGCGCGGGGAGCUGGCGCAGCUGCGCGCGGCCCGGGAGCGCGCUCAGCUGCACUGCGCCACCAGCGAGCACGCGCUCGACACCUUGCUGCGCCGAGUGCGCGAACUGGCGCAGUCGUGCGAGUGCGAGUCGCUGCCACUGCUGAAGCUGGUGGGCGGGGCGCUGGACGCGUCCGCGAGCAGCGCGCGUCUCUACCUCACCAGCCUCGAGCACCGGCUGCGGGAGACGGUCGACCUCAUCAAGAUGGACGAAGUAAAUCCAUUGCAGUUAAACCUUGUUGCGAUGAUAUCAGAAAUGUAUACAUCUGUCUGUCCGUCUGUCCGUCAGGUGCUGCAGCGUCACGCGGAGGCGAAGGCGCGCACUCCGCCGCCCGCACGCCGCGCCCGCCGCGCCCCGCACUCCCCGCGCCCGCCCCGCGCCAUGCUCGCACAUGCAUAG